CGCCGUGUAAUUCGGUAACACCAGAACCGCACAGUUACGUGUUACCACUGGAAGCUUGGAAUACGUCAUUCCUACUCCGCCUACUAUAAUAAUCAAUAGUAGAUUAUGCGUACGCACUACCGACGCGCACAACGCACAUGCGUACAAGCACAACGGGUUAAUCGAUACAACAAUGCAACAUGCAGCACAGGACGUCCUAGACGAGUGACGACUGACGACUGACGACAGACGCCAUUAUACGAGUAUACUACGACUUUACGGCGGCGGACGGACAACUACAGACUAGAGUAACUAGAACUUCAACUAGACAAUAAACUCUAAAAGAUUAUCAAGAACAUGGCGGACAAAAGCUACCAAUUCGCAAUUGGUGAAAAAGUCUUUGUAUACUACAACGGAUUGCUUUACGAGGCAAUAUGUUUAAAGCGACGAAAGACAGAUUAUGGAGAAAAUCAGUACUUUGUUCACUAUAAAGGCUUUAAAAAUAAAUGGGACGAGUGGAGUGAUGAGGAUAAUAUUUUACCAAUCAAUGAGAUUAAUAUGGGCCACAAGGAAAGGCUAGAAUCUAGUCGAAAAAAUUGUAAAGGAUCAAAACGAGGAAAAAAAUCUCAAGAACCUAGGGACACAGAAGAUGAUUCUUCGCCAAAACCAGCAUUAAGAAAACGAGGCAGGCCCAAAAAAAAUGUAGAUCAAUCUGCAGAACAAGCAGUAGGACAAUCUGCAGAACCAGUGCUAAGACUAUCUACAGUACUAGCGGUAGAACAAUCUGCAGAAUCAGUGGUAGGAAAAUCUGCCGAAUCAGACAAAGAAAACUCUGCAGAACCAUCAGUAGCAGAAUCUACAGCCCCAGCGUUCGAACAAUCUGCAAUCUCAACUGUAAAAGACAAACCAGCUGUUCUAGCUGUUGCUAAUAUGGUAUUAAAUAUUAUUCCAAGAUCAAAGCUUCUUGCAAAUGAAUUGCGUAAAUUAGUAAUACCAUUUAAAUUAAAAUACGCAAUAGAACUUGAUUGUAUAAUUAUGCAUCGUCAAUAUAACUAUGCAUCCCAAAAGCUAUUAAAAUUUCCGGAGAAAAACUUUUUGGCACAAGUAAUUUAUACCUUCACUAAUUCAUCUUAUUUUAUAGAUGAUAGCCAAAAGAUAUAUUCAAAGAUAUUCUGUGUUACUUUAAUGCAAUAUUUUAAUGCUUCUGUUCACAAACAUCUAACAUACAAGGUUGAGAAAAUGUACAAUUUACAAUGUAAGGCCGUGGAAUGUUUUCUGAAUAGAUUGAGAUAUCAACCACACAUCAAUUAUAUCUAUAAACAAUUCCUAAGACCCAAAUAUAUUUGGUGUUAUUUGUAUGGUCCCAUGUUUCUAUUAAGAUUAAUUGUUCGUUUACCAAAAAUUUUGGGAUCAACCUCGAUGCUUCCUGAAUAUGAUUCAAAUACCUUUGUUUAUCAUAUUAAAAAAUUAAUCCGAAAUGGAUGGGUAAUGGGUAUGACCAUUAUUUAUAAUUCAGAGGAUCUUUGUCAAUUUUGUGAUGUCAUAUACCAUAAAAGGAAAAACUACGAUUAAAGACAUACAGUUUACUCAACAACCCUAGGCACAUACAUAACAAAAAUGAUGCACGAACAUUCUGGUUUCAAACAGGUGAUCAAUGAUAAGAGAAAAGCUACUAACUCUCCAAGCGUGGUUAACAUCAAUCAACAUCCUAAUAUUAUAUAAUAUAUAUAUUGAUAUAUUUUGUAGUACCAAGAGGAAUCACUAAAAUGCAAAAGCGCUAACUAUAUUUCUUGUUAAGGCAAAAAAUUGUGUGACAAAAAAUAAGUUUCGUUGAGUAUAUAUCUAUAUAUCGUACCUAUAUAUCUUCAAUUGUGGGCAAAACUUAGAGACUUAUCAGUUUUAUUACAAUAACACACCAGCCCCUGCUUUUUUUUAAACUUUCUUGGCUAAACAUAGCUUAGUUACUUCAAAAACCAUUAUUUUGGUUCUAUAAUUUUGAUCUACUUUUAUGAUGUAUUUGGAAAUUUACGUCAUAAAGCAGAGGACCUCAAAACAGACCAGCAGUGAAUAAACAAGUUUAUGAAUAAAAGUUGGAUUAAUACAAUUUCUAAGAAAAGGGUGAGGUACAGCUAACGAAUGCCCAAACCGUCAUGUUUUAUUAAACACGACACCGUAUAUUAAAAACUACAUACAUUUUUUAUAUAUUUUAACCUAUCGAUAA